UCCUAUAUAACUGCAACCUCGUAAGUACAACAAAAACAAAGAAGAAGGAAGAAGAAAAUGGAAGCUGCUAAGAGUUUGAGAAGUUGUUCUUUACAUUUUUUCCAUAUCUUCAUAUUUUCGUUUGCCAUUCUCUUUCUCAUGUCAAGCAUUCCAACCGUCUCAGCCAAAACCAGCAACAGUUCUUGUAUCAAAACCUACAAAAGUUACAUCAAAACAGCCUGCAAAUCGGCCACAUAUCAGAAAGAUUGCUAUAAAUCACUCUCCCCGUACGCAUCCACCAUUAAAACCGAUCCAGAGAAACUCUACAAGGUUACAUUAUACAUCACUAUAAGAGCUGCUCGUGAAACUUCCUCCUCCAUAUCAUCGUUGUGGAGACUCAAGGACUUAACUCCUACUGAACGAGGGAUCAUCCGUGAUUGCGCUGAAACCGUAAGCGAUGCCAUCGACGAGCUCAAGCAAUCCUUGACGGUGAUGACCAAUUUGCGAAGCAGCUCAGAUCGUAGGUCUGAAAUGGAAAAUGUAAGGAGCUGGGUUAGCGCCGCGUUAACAGAUCAAAGCACAUGCACGGAUCAGUUUGAUGGCCAGACAGUGAGCAAUGCAGUGAAUAAGAAUAUCAAGAAGACCGUGUUAAAUCUGGCCAGGAUGACAAGCAAUUGUUUGGCUCUUGUCGAUGCUGUCAAUUACUAGCUGAAGUAUUAUGCCAAUGAGUAACUUUUGCACUAAGCGUUCGAACAGUUGUUUGAAAUUAAUUUUAUCUCUACUUUGGUUACAUGCAUCAAUAUUGUGAAUAAAAAGUCAUACCGUUACUCUUU